AUGUCCCAGCGUCAACUGAAUUUAAUACUCUUGUCUGGAACAGAACCGGAAUUCCAUGAACAUAGCAAAAUACUGUCAGUACAGUCUAGUGUGGAAGUAUACAAAACGUGGUUUAACAGUAACAGAACCGAAAGACGAAAAUUGUUAAUAAGAGAGUCCCGGUCAGCGUUCGCAAUCCGUUCAGUUUCGGUGGGUUACAGCUGCCGCGUGCGAAUUCAGGCAGUUGCCGCAUGCGAGAGCGUCCACAUAUCGAUCGAUCCCAGAGCAACAUGUACUCCUUCACCAUAA